GUCCACGUGGUCUGCAUCGGGGGGUCCGCGGCGCCGUGAGUGGGGCCGGCGGGACAUUCCACGCUCCGCACGCGCGCCGGCUGCGCGAUCGCUAGGGCGGCGGGCGGAGGGCAGGGGCUGUAGGGGUAGCAGGGCAGCCUCGGAUCAGGAGCGCCGCAGGGCCGGAGCUAAGAAUUCAGGAAGACAGGGCAGGGGUGUCGGGGGUGCAGAGUUCGUCAGGGAUCCGUGAGGUCGAGGGUCGGCGGCCGCCACCCCGCUGCGCAUGGGCUUCCCCCGCCUGUGGGCCGCACUGCUGAGAGCCUGGGGACGGUGGACGGCGUGCCCUGGCCCGCGCGUGCCCGGCCUGCCCCCUAUGGCUGGAAACAAGGUGCCACCAGCGCUGGCUUCACACCAAGACAGGAAGGUCCGAGGUGGCUGGGUCUGGGAGGAGACGCAGCGUCCUCCCAAGAGGGUCAAGGGCGGUGAGGAUGAAGAGCCUCCACGAAAGCUCCCAAAGCGCAAAAUUGUGCUGCUCAUGGCCUACUCUGGCAAGGGCUACCACGGCAUGCAGAGGAAUCUGGGGUCCUCUCAGUUCAGGACCAUUGAAGAUGAUUUGGUAUCUGCGCUAGUCCAGGCAGGUUGCAUCCCUGAAAACCAUGGCACAGACAUGAGGAAGAUGUCCUUCCAGCGAUGUGCUCGCACAGACAAGGGUGUGUCUGCAGCUGGGCAGGUGGUAUCCCUCAAGGUGUGGCUAAUUGACGACAUUCUGGACAAGAUCAACAGCCACCUUCCAUCCCACAUUCGGAUUCUGGGACUGAAGAGGGUCACGGGCGGGUUCAACUCCAAGAACAAGUGUGAUGCCAGGACCUACUGCUACAUGCUACCCACCUUUGCCUUUGCUCACAAAGACCGGGAUGUACAGGAUGAGAGUUAUCGCUUGAGUGCAGAGACCUUGCAGCAGGUCAACCGACUUCUGGCCUGCUACAAGGGCACCCAUAACUUCCACAACUUUACCUCACAGAAGGGGCCCAGAGAGCCCAGUGCACGCCGCUACAUUCUGGAAAUGUACUGUGAGGAGCCCUUUGUACGAGAGGGCCUGGAGUUUGCUGUGAUCAAGGUGAAGGGCCAGAGCUUCAUGAUGCACCAGAUCCGGAAGAUGGUUGGCCUUGUGGUAGCCAUUGUGAAGGGUUAUGCCCCUGAGAGUGUGCUGGAGCGCAGCUGGGGCGAGGAGAAGGUGGAUGUGCCGAAGGCGCCAGGUCUUGGCCUCGUCCUGGAGAGGGUACACUUUGAGAAGUACAAUCAGCGCUUUGGUAGUGAUGGGCUGCAUGAGCCCCUGGACUGGGCACAGGAGGAAGGGAAGGUGGCUGCUUUCAAGGAGCAAUACAUCUAUCCCACCAUUGUCAGCACUGAACGGGAUGAGCGGUCCAUGGCCCAGUGGCUUAGCACUCUGCCUAUCCACAACUUCAGUGCCACUGCACUUGGUGCAGCUGGCACAGGUGCCAAGGUCCCCAGUUCCCUGGAGGGCAGCGAAGGGGAUGGAGACACUGACUGACACUGCAGCUGCUGCCGCUGCUGCGGGGGUUGAGUGGAGUCUGCACUUGCUGCCUCGCGGGACAGGGAAGCCAAGAAUUCUGGGGCCAGCUUGUGGAUGGAGCCUGGCUUCAUAACCUCAGGAUAUUAAAUUCUCAUCCCAGGAAUCAGCCGCCUCCUUUAGCCCAUGCAUUGUGUGUAUACACUUAGCACGAAAGGACACUUUUUUAAAAAAGAAGUGAUUUUUCUUAUUAAAUAUGUUUUGCUUAGUGAAUUA